AUGAAUGUGGCAGCAAGCAAUGUAAGCCUGGAGUUCAAGCUCGGGAGUGUGGUGGACGAGCAGCAAAUCUUCAGCAAUCAAAGCCAGUUUGACAAAGUCGCAAAGAAAUGUCGCCUUGCCCCUGGUGAUGUUUUGCAGCUUAGUGGACCUUCGUCACUGAGUUGCUCCAAGAUCUACUUCAUUGAAUGCCUGUCAUGGGACGGAGCUAAAGGGCUGAGUGUGCAGGCACUGGGAGACGGGCUCAGGAAAUGUCUGGACCUCUGCAGACAGCAGGGCUGCAUUUCUGUGGCCUUUCCAGUCAUCGGACCAGGAAUAUCUCUCAUGAUCCCACAGACAGAAGCUAUUAGAGUGUUAAAGGAGAAAAUUAUCCAGUUUGUGUCAUCCCAAAACCAUGGUACUGUUUCCAAUAUCCGUAUAGUCAUUAAAGAAGAUUAUCCCGACUCAGAGGAGUUCUACCAUGAGGUCUACAGACACUUCAGUUUAAACCAAGAAAGCCAAGCGAUUUUCAAGUCUGUCACAGGCAACCUCGAUGAAAUCACGAUAACGGUGCCAGAUGGAGUCAAACUCCAGCUGGCAUUUGGUGACAUCAGCAACGAGACAACAGAUGUUGUCGUGAACACGACAGACUUCUCUAACUUUAACACAGAUGUAUGCAAGGCCAUAUUAGCAAAAGCUGGACCAGUGGUGGAGCAGGCUGAAAGCAGGUGA